AUGGAUAUGCUUGGAGAUGGUGAUUCCUCAACCUAUAACACCAUUGUCGAAAGCCAGCCAUAUGGAGAGGAUUUCAUUCCAAACAAAUUAGAAUGCAUUGGCCAUGUUCAAAAGCGGGUUGGAAGUCGUCUCCGCAAACUUAAAAGUUCCAACAAAGGAUUGAAAUUGGCUGAUGGUAAAGGUUUAGCUGGUAAAGGUAGGCUGACUGACAGUAAAAUAGAUGUUUUACAAAACUAUUAUGGCUUGGCAGUUAGAGAAAACCUUGAUGAUGUUGGUACAAUGGCGAAGUCCAUAGAAGCAUCUCUUUACCAUGUUGCGUCAACUGCUGAGAAUCCACAGCAUCAUCUCUGUCCAGACGGAAAGGACAGCUGGUGUGGAUAUAAGACAGACAAGGAGGGAUAUAAACAUAAAAAUGGAAUCCCAAGCUGUAUUGUUGACUUGAUCAAACCUAUUUAUAAGGAUCUUAGUAAGACUGAACUCUUGAAUAAAUGUACUCACGGAUUGACACAGAAUGUGAAUGAAUGCUUGAACAGGCUUAUCUGGGACAGAUGUCCCAAGUCUACUUAUGUUGAGCAAGAAACUGUGGCUCUUGCCACCUACUUAGCCAUUUUAAAGUUUAAUGAUGGUGACAUUUCCUUUUUAAAGUUAUUUAAUGACCUGGAUAUAACCCCAGGUAUCUUUACUGGUAAAGCCACUGAAGAUUGCGACAAUUCGAGAAUAAAACUGUCGGCAAAGAAGAGCACUGAAACAGUGAAAAAGAGAAGAAAAGUACUGAGACACCUAAGAAAGAACUAUGUUGACAGUAUUGAAGAGAAAGAAGGUGUUACCUAUGAAGCAGGUGCCUUCUAGACACUAUAAAAAAAGAACGAAACGUUAAAAUACUAUUUUCUCAAUUUGGCAGUUUUGUCAUUCCAAUUGAUCUUUGUGACAGCAUAUCUUUCUGAAUAUUAAGUGUAAAAGGUUGAAACUUGGUAUGUUUGUGGCUAUUAACAUUAUGAAGAGAAUCACCAUUUUUAUAUUAAAUAUAUUUAAUUAGUAAUGUAUAAAUGAGGUUUAAUUACCUAAUUAGGUAUGAAAAAAUUCCUUUUUUCUCUAAUGUGCAGAUUGUUUACCAAAUUUCAGAUAAAAAUGUUUUAAAGUGAAAAUAAAGAUGGUCAGGGGCUAGAUCAUGUUAUAAGCUUUCCAAAUAUAUGUCAUUUAUGUUAUUCUGAUUAAUUGUGUCUGCAGUGUCAUGUUACAUGCGACGCCAUUUUUUGACUAAUUAGUGGGCGGCCAUAUUGGAUAAUUAGUGUAAUUAAUGAGUAACCAAAAAUUUUUUUUCAGAUUUUGAUUUUUAUCACUGUACCCCUACAAAAAAUGUUUUUGCUGACUCUGUACCUUGUAAAAUGAAAAAAAAAGCUCUAAAGGUGAAUGACCACCUCAAGUAAUUGAAAUGGGAGUCGAUUCUGAUGAUGGCAAUUCCAGCUUGACAAAUGCAUCAAAGGCAAUUUUUGCUCAGCGACUUGCUUUGAUUAAAGAAAUACCACAUUCUGAUCUGGAAAUUAAUUUUUCUGUUCCU